GGAUGGGUACAACGUUUGUUGCUUUGCUUAUGGCCAAACCGGCAGCGGGAAGACCUUUACUAUGGAGGGGGGUGAUCUGGAGAACUCGUGGGGAGUCAUUCCACGUGCUGUCCAGCAGAUCUUCAAGUCUGCCAAAGCACUCCAAGAGCAAGGGUGGCAGUACGCCUUCACUGCCAGCUUUGUGGAGAUCUACAAUGAAACUCUUCGAGAUCUUCUCUACACGGGAAAACCAAACAAGAGACCUGAGCAUGAGAUCAGGAAGGUCGCCAAUAAUGAAAUCACAGUUACCAACCUGACCUACCAAAAGGUCAACAAUGAAGAUGAGGGUUGAAGCAAAACUCUGCAGGGCUGCGGCUCU